UCCACGGUGGCAGAAACAAAAUGUGCACCGGAAACGCGCGUAAUUUGCCCGGUGAUGGAUAGCGCGCGACGGGAGAAAGACGCCUUGCAUUACCGAAAUGCAGCGUGACGAAAGCGCCUCGAGAGAGAGACGGUGCUGAACGGGAGCGCGCACUCAAAAAGAGGAGGAGGAAGAAGAUGGCUUGGUGAUCCGAGCACGAGACUAAACACACUGAACAUCUCAAACACUCGGGUCUUUAGCACACAUAACUGUUUAUGAGUUGAGUUAAAUUAAACUUAGUGCGUUCAUUCUGUACCUGCACGGGUUUAAACACUGUAAAAGCCAAAAGAGUUAAACACUGCACGAGUUAAUUCAACUCUAUACGAGUUAACGAGUUCAUCUAAUCCUGGAGCCGUUCAUUCAGCACUGCAGCAGUGAGGUGGUGUUUAACACUGUCAGUCUCAGGAAAUGGUGCUGAGCAGCGCGCUCUCAAAAUAACGAGUUCUUCAGGUGUCCCUUAAGGGGGAACCCUUUAAUGUUCUUCCUGAAACUACGGCUGAAUGUUAGGGUUCCUCACCAGAAAGAGUUCCACCUAGGAGGCUCAGAACCCUUUAGAAGCCUUCAGAAGCCUUAAAUAACCUGAAAUAAUCGUAGUUGCUUAGUUAAACGGUAAUACUUAUUGAUGUGAUGAUUAAUUUGUAUGUCACACGACGUAAGUUGUAAGAAUAAUCAUGAACGACAUAAUCAAAAAUUUUACGAAUGUGCAGUCACGGGACCGUGUGCAGAUUGGACAGUUAAUUUUAUUAUUAAUUUUAUUAAGAAUAAUUAUUAAUAAUUAAUUGGUUAAUUUUAUUAUUACAUUCUGACACACUCCAAAAAGAUACAAACAAACACACUGUCCCUAAUGAAACAACAAUAGAAUAUAAUAAUAAUAAUAAUAAUAACACUUUGAAUGAAUGAUUUUAUUGAUGAAUAAACACUGAUCAUUUAUUAGAAGUGAUUGUUAAAUAAACACACAGAUUUGAGGGCCGGAAGCUCACACAAAGUCGCGAGAUAGCACGCAGUUCCCGUUACAGAGAACAAAGCAGCAGGUCAGAAGAAAAUGCUAAAAAUCAUUUAAUAUAUUAACAAAAAAUUACAUCAUUGUGUGGUGUUAAACUGAAUAAAGAAUUUCUGUUCGAUUUAAACAUUAAACACUAUAAUUAUUUUAAUUAUAAUGAAUUUUCUUUUUUAAAUUUGAAUAUUAAUUUCAGUGUGAGCAGCUGUAACAUGCGCGUGAGCACAAAUUUCACUACAUUUCACUUCAUUAUUAUUAUUAUUAUUAUUAUUAUUAUUAUUAUUAUUAUUAUUAUUAUUAUUGAGUUAGGUCUUUUUCCUACUCGCCGUGUCACGUGACUCUGAAACACAACGAGCUCGUUCCAAACUGAAACGUGUGAAACUCUGGAGCUCGUCACUGAGCACUUUAACACCGGUGGGAAAUCAGCAAUAAGGAAUAUCUGCCUCGUGCGCCCCGUCCGCCGGUAAAGGGUUAAAGCGCGAGCGCUCGGGAUGCGCUAUAGCGAAGGGGCGGGAGGAGGAGGAGGGCGCGAGCUCUCGAGACAUUGUCAUGUAAAGAGGGACCACCGCCUUGCUAUUGUCUCGCGGACUGCCAAGUUUAUUAUAAACGCUGCGCGAGCUGCACCGGGCGGAGCAGGACAGAGCGCGAGACAGAGACAGAGAGACAGCGAGAGGCAGAGAGCACGAGCGCGCAGAAGACUGUGGAUGCAUUUGGAGCGAGAAAACAACCGAGAGAGUGACCGGAGAAAGUCAAACCUUGAUCACCGACCACGCCGUCACUGUCACGCGCCAGAGAGAGUGGAGUUAAUUUCAUAGAGCUUGAAAAAGAGCACGUGCUGCUGUUUGGUACCCGGUGCCAUCAGUACCCGUACCGUAACCAGCGGACCACCGACUCUGCCCGGAAACUCUCGCCUCGCGCACCCCGUCUCCACAUGUACAAAAUGGAUUACUCGUACCUGAACACGUACGACUCGUGCAUGGCGGCGAUGGAGGCGUCGGCGUACGCGGACUUCAGCUCGUGCAGCCAGGCCAACACGUUCCAGUACAACCCGAUCCGCACGAGUUUCGGCGCGAACCCGGGCUGCGCGCCACUCGGUACAGCCAGCUGCAGCCUCGGAGCGCUGCGCGAGCACCAACCGGCACCGUACACCGCGGUCCCGUAUAAAUUCUUCUCGGACCCUUCCGGUCUGAAUGAGAAGCGGAAGCAGCGGCGGAUCCGCACUACCUUCACCAGCUCUCAGCUGAAGGAGCUCGAGCGCGUGUUCGCUGAAACGCAUUACCCCGACAUCUACACCCGCGAGGAGCUCGCGCUCAAGAUCGACCUUACCGAGGCCAGAGUUCAGGUGUGGUUCCAGAACCGACGCGCAAAAUUCCGCAAACAGGAGCGCGCGGCCAACGCAAAGGGCGGCGGAAACACCGGAAACGCCAGUGUUACAUCCAAGAAACCGGGCGAGGCGCGCGCAUCCUCCGAGGACGACGAGUCUAAAGAGUCCACGUGCAGCCCGACACCGGACAGCACGGCGUCUUUACCGAGCUCGGCCAACACUACGGGCAGUCCGGGCACGAGCAGCCUCAGCCCCAGUCCGUCUUCCGGCGGCUUUGGCAACGCCUCGAGCUCGCCGUCCGUGCAUCACGCGCUCAAAUCGCCCGCGUGGCCCGGUGUCGGUUCUGCUGCUCCCGCUCCCGCUCCAGACCUGCUAAAGAGCUGGCAGCCCGGAGACAGCGCGAGCGCAGGACCGUUCGCAGGUGUGCUCUCCUCCUUCCACAGAAAACCGGGCGCGCUCAAGAGCAACCUGUUUUAAAUACACACACACACACACACCUAUCGCGUAGAUUACUCUCCUCUCUCUACCACUUCCGGCUGUAUUUUAUUUGAUUUUUUUAUUUUAUUUCCGUUAGAGCUGGACUCCCGGUUAUUAUUUAUAUGAUCAUGUUGGACUCAGAGGCGCUUCCCAUCUCUGUGUGAGUUUCUUUCCGCAAAUCCGCUCUGAGCAGGGGGCGUCAAAAAUCAAACAUCAUUCACACUUUAUUCAGUGCGGUUUGGGACAGAGCAACCGGUGUGUGAAACCGCGACAUGACUACAUAGUGCACUAGUCUGAGACAUUUAAACAAAUCUAAAAAAAAAAAAAAAAAAAGCCAGUUCAGUUGGUACAGAAUCCGCCUUCACUGUAAGGAUUAGGGAUUAGGGAACAGGGCUCUAUCGCUUACACAGGGCGGGUGUUUCCUUUUGGACUAUGCGCACUUAAGAGGGUCCCUAAAAAGAAGACAGUUUAAUCCACACUUACUGAAAGAACCUAUCUCACAGCCUGUAUCACUCAUUCCCAAUUCACGCCAAUAAAUCUGUAUAAACUUUCUAAAGAUUACAAGGUUAGGGGUGGAGCUAGGGCGUGGUUAGGGUUGAAUAGGGGCUGGGUUGUGGGCGUGGUUAGCGUUCUUAAAUUUUCUUGUGAAAUGACCAGCACUUUCACUGAUUCACUGAUUCAAAUCUGAAUGGAUUUCUGAUUUCUGAACCGGAAGAACUUCACAUUGCGUCGAUUUUAUUCACACUCGGCUCACCUUAAGACAUAAAGUGCACUACUCAGGCUGUAAAAAAUUAUUUUGUAACUAAUUUAAUACAACUUUUUAACAAUUCAGCUGAUUGUCCAUUUUAAGUGCUGUAGUCAAUUUCUGUAGUGUUCCGAUUCUAAAAGCUCCCUACAUAAGUGCACUACAGAGAGUGUAUUAGUCUUUAUUUAUGUAGCGUGGUUAAUAUUUGGGACGAGGCCUUUAUUUGAGCGAGUCUCAGAAGACAGUUUACGGAACACAUUCAGGAGAAAGUAAGUGUAAUUGAGCGACUUCUUUCCACAUUACAAAAACUUCUGAGAAAAUAAAAAAGGUUCGAUCCAAUUAGCAGCGCAGUGUUCCUCACUGGGUCGCGUCCCAAACCGCUCUUUACUCCCUCACUGCACUCCAGAAAAGGCUCUUUAGAGUCAUGCCGUAAAGAGAACCAUUUUUAAUUUUCAUUUUAAUUUUUAUAGUUCGCAGUGAACCGAUCUCAACACUUUCACAAACAGAACCAUGGAAGAAAAUUCUUCAGUUCAUCAAAAUUUCUUUAAGGAACCAAAAAGCUUCCUUUGUAAGUUUUUGUUCUACGGUGUUGUACAUAGAGCAUUUGAAUAAGACUGAAUUCUACAGCUGGUGUAGUGUACUCUGUGUCUAACACAGAACCUGUAAGAGUCAUGCCAUAAAGAGAACCAUUUUUCUUUAUUCUGAGAUUCAGCCUUUAAUUCAGGAAAAUGUCACACUGCAUCAAAUGAGCCGUUUAUCCUGGAACAAAGCGCGUAAUGUAUCAUGGACAUAAUUUCUGUGACUACACUGUCACAAUAACGUGGACUUUUUGUUUUAGCAUUAGCACACAAAGCUAAGCUGCGUCCCAAUCUGCAGUGGUUCAUUCUGCUUUUCACUUUUCCGCAUGAGUUCCUCAAACUGAGCAAAUUAACACUAAUUUAUUGAAAUUAAGGGAGAAACUGAGAGUUAUUUUUCAUUUUCUUAUUUUUUAAGCAAACCGUAUUACUUCUUUUUUUCAGUAGGCCUCCUAAAAUACUAGAACAUGAAAAUAUUUUGUAAAUAGUAAUAUAAAUAUUGGGUAGUUUCUGAUUUUUAUUCUGGUGCUGCUUCGUUCACACCGCCGCUCAGAGGGGCCGCGUCCCAACCUUCACACUUCGUCACUAACUAGUGUGUUUAAAUAACACUCUGAGGUGGUACUACCAUAAUGUUUAGUGCCACAAAGUGUGAUCUGGGACACAGCCUGUUUAAUCCGUUCAUUAAAGGCACUGUGUAAAAGUGGACAAAAAUAAACUCCAUUUAAAGAUCUGUCUCUGUGUGAGAUUUAAUUCUUGAGCACACCUUCUUUAUCUUUAUCUUUAUAUAAACUUUACAUAAACUCUUAUUCGGGCAAACAUUAAAUCCACAUUACUGUUUGCUAACAGUUUAAUGAAAAUAUUUCAUUAACAUUUAAAGAAUCUUGUGCAUGUAAAUGUGAUUCACAGGCCGGGGCGUCGCUACGACGUUUGGGCCCCCAGACAAAUUUCUACUCCGGGACCCAAGCCUGCCCCCACUCCGCCCCAAUUAUAUUAUUGCAACAUGUAGCAACAAUUUUAUACACAUGAUCAUUAUUAAUAAGCAUAACAAUUAUUGCAUAUUCAAUAAGAUAUAAUAAAGAACUAAUUUAAACAACAACAAUAAAUCUUGUUUUCUAAAGCUCACCUCCUGGCAGAUAACUCAGUCACCUCCUCCUCCUGCCUUUUCUUGAGUGGUUAUUCCUGAUAGUGUUUGUUUCUGACACACAAGGGAUAGUUUAUAGGUUUUUAAGGAAUAGCUUGUAAAAGAACACUUAACUUUUACUAACUAUUAUUAUUAUUGUUAUUAUUAUUAUUAUUAUUAGUAGUAGUAGUAGUAGUCACUGAGUGAAUAAUCAAUUUCACACACCAGCUCCAGAAAGAAACGUGAGCUGAUCUUGAGAACCAAAUCAGUUCUAUUCAUGAAUGAAUCAUUCAGACUGGUUUUAUCAACAGGAUUCUUCAAUUCAUUGAAAUGAACCGGCUCAAACAAACGAUUAACUCACGAAACGGACAUCAUUACGACACUUCUCUCAUGAACUCACCCGGGAUAAUUAAAGCGGAUUUACAUGAUUACAACGUAAGUUUCGAUCGAUUCCUCAUAGAAAGCUGUUGCAAGGCUUCAGAAAGCUUAA